AUCGGAAACCCUUCUUGCUUCAAAUCAUACAUCUCCUGAUACAUCACUAGAAUUAAUCCAUCAUGCGCCAAAACCUGCUAUCAGUUCCUUCAGCAGUAGCUUCCCUGUCUCUGAUUCCGGGAAUUCUUGCAGCAAACCCUGUAUACCAGCCAUGCCCCCUCUUGAGAGCUUACUAUCCUAUGCCGACCAUCGACAAGAACGCUGAAGCUGUCAAAUCGUUCACCAAAGACUUUACCACGCUGUUUGAUCAGCUUGUAAAAGCGGGCGGGUCCGAAGACUUUGGUGAGAUCACACCUAAUACCACUUCCUUUUCAGUGGUCUUGUUCUCGGGCACAGAUGAGGCCGAAGAAGAUCCCGUGUUCUUUGAGUAUCAUUACACAGCCCCCGAAGCCCCGCAGAACUCGACUCUGCAUUCCAACACGGUCUUUCCCCUAGGCACUCUUACUCAGCUCUUCACCGUCUACGCAUGGCUCGUGGAGGUUGGGGAUGAGCAAUGGGGGAAGUCCAUCACGGAAUAUCUGCCAGAGCUCAGAGAUGUUACCACGGAUGGAAUGAGAGUCAAAUGGGACGAUAUAACUGUUGGGUCACUGGCAGGUCACCUGUCCGGACUGGCGAGAGAAUCUUAUGCUUGUGUUCUGGGCAAAUCUUGCGGUCGUAAUGAGUUCAUUGAGAAGUUCAGCAAUGAACCACCCCUUUUCCUACCUGACACUACGCCCAUUAUCUCAAACGCUGCAUUCCAGCUAUUAGCCCUGGCACUGGAGGCAAACAAAGCUGAAGGUAGCGGGAACACGGUAUUCGACAUCAUUCUCGCGGCUAGUGUACUUGAACCCCUAAAUAUGACGAACAGCGGUCUUUUGUCAUCAAUAAAAGAUGCCAAGGUGUUUGCUCGGGAUCUAAACGUCUCAGCUAUCGGAGAACCAGCCGCUCUCUCGAUGCUUUCCACCACCUCGGAUCUUGCACGCGCUGGCCACGCCAUGCUCAGCUCUCGUCUAAUAUCACCUGUCGCCACUCGUCGUUGGCUGCAGCCGGUGGCCGACACAUCAAACAUUCGCAAUGGCGUCGGCCGGCCGUGGGAAAUCUACCACGCUGGUCAAUAUGCCAAUAGUUCCAUCCUGGAUGUCUUCACCAAGACUGGUCUGAUAGGACACUACGCCAGCUAUUUUGGCUUAGCCCCUGACUUCAAUGCCGGCUUUGCCAUCCUCGCGCACGACACCGAGGCAGCCCGCGGUCCGGAUCUGAAUGUCUACGCUGACAUCAUCUCGCUUGCUGUCGUACAGCUACAAAAAUUCGCUGCAGCUGAGAUGGCGGCGCGUUAUGUCGGCACUUUCGAUGGUCUGGGAGGACUUGCCACUUUCAACACUUCGCGCGACGGGCCUGGGUUACUUGUUUCGACCUUAAAGGCUGGAGAGGCUGAUCUCCGUGCUCAGAUUGCUGAAGUUGCGGGCAUCAAGCUGGAGAACCUGGACUUCCGUUUGUAUCCGAGUAACGUCGGUACCAAGACUCAACACCAAUUUGGGGCGGUCUUUCAGGACAAGAGUGCACCAGUCGACAUGGGCACGCCGACUUGCAUUACUUGGCAAGACGUUGACUCCCUGGGGUCAAGUGUGGACGUCCGAUUGGUUUUCACUAUUGACGCAUCUGGCAGGGCUGCCAAUGUUACUUUGAACGGCGGUUCGCUGUCAUUGGCUAGAUCAGCUUGAGAUAUGGGAUGAGUUCGGGUUUCUGGAUUAUGUCUUUGGUAUUCAGUCUAUUGUUCACAAACCAGUUUUCUUCAGAUAGUAACAUGCUUCUCCUCUCAAACUGCACCCAUAUCAAGAAAGCUUUUACUCCAGAAGAGCGAUACUGUCCGAGGACUGUGAUCGUCUUAGGUAUGCCCUACCUAGGUUGGCGAAUAAAGCAGGAGGGGCAGACAGAAAUAUUGAGUCUAUAUGGUAUUAUCUCAUCGAGUGCCACUUGACGCCAUUUUCGCCAAAGCCCCAAAAUACCCAUUAUUUACACUUUAUUACCCCGCAU